CGCUUUGCGUCCAUCCCACGCUACGUGGAAACCUUGGUGGUGGCCGACGAAGAAAUGAUGCGCUUUCACGGCGCUGGGCUGAAGCCAUACCUGCUCACCAUCAUGGCAGCCGCUGCCAAGUUCUUCCGCCACCCGAGCGUCCGGAAUCCCGUCAACUUGGUGGUGACCAGGCUAGUGGUGAUCGGAGAAGCCGAGGACGGGCUGAGGGUUACCUCCAACGCGGCCGAGACCCUGCGCAAUUUUUGCAGCUGGCAGAAAGGGCUGAACAAGCCCAGCGAUAAAGACCCCGAGCAUUUCGACACGGCCAUUCUCUUCACCAGACAGGAUCUCUGUGGACGCUCCAGCUGCGGCACCCUUGGCAUGGCAGAUGUGGGCACAGUCUGUGAUCCGACCCGCAGUUGUUCCAUUGUCGAGGACGAUGGGCUCCAGUCAGCCUUCACUGCGGCCCACGAAUUG